UACCGCGGUUUCCGACAAGGGUGGAAUGCUGGUGCUCCCGCGGCAGAUUGUUGAUACGUUGCCCAGCAACCGAUUCCCUAGAAGCGAGUUGGUGUUAGAAACAGGCAUAUAUUCCCCCCCUUCCCCUCCUCCUCUUCCUCGAAGCCACACAGGAGCCUUCCCAGGGGCUAAACCAAGGGGUGAAGGGAGCAAAUGCAAAGGGACGAAAAUUAGGAUUUUUUUUUUUUGGGCAAGGAAAAAAAAAUCUGUUCUCGUACCCAAGUAGUUUCCUGUUAAAAUUCCGACCUCAAAUCCCACGUGCAUCAAUAGCAGCAGCCGCCAGCAGUGAAGAUGGUGGCAGAGAAAGAGGGUGUAAGCCCCCCCAAACUUAGACCCCAGCAGCUGCAGGAGCCGCUGCGACACGCAAGAAGAACCAAGAAGCAGGUCAGCGAUGGAUUCACCAUCAAAGCAAUGAUGAAAAACACCGUGGUGAAAGGUCCUCCAGCUGCAGGAGCGUUUAAAGAAAGACCAACGAAGCCCACAGCAUUUCGCAAGUUUUAUGAACGAGGCGACUUCCCAAUUGCCCUUGAGCAUGAUACAAGAGGAAACAAAAUAGCCUGGAAGGUGGAGAUUGAAAAAUUGGACUACCACCACUAUUUGCCACUGUUUUUCGAUGGAUUAUGUGAAAUGCAAUUUCCUUAUGAGUUUUUUGCUCGGCAAGGCAUCCAUGACAUGUUGGAGCAUGGUGGGAACAAGAUCCUUCCUGUCAUUCCUCAACUCAUUAUUCCAAUAAAAAAUGCGCUGAACCUUCGAAACCGACAGGUCAUCUGCAUCACGCUCAAAGUCCUUCAGCACCUGGUGGUGUCAGCUGAUAUGGUGGGGGAAGCUUUAGUGCCCUAUUAUCGGCAGAUUCUCCCUAUUUUAAACAUCUUUAAGAAUAAGAAUGGUGAGUGAUCCUAGCAAUGCCGUGUCUUCAAAUCCUUCAGUAUAGAGGGGCUCAAGGCAAUGUAGUAAGAAUUUACUAUAGUAUAUAAACUAAGAUAUAUUUGGCACUUUCUUCUCUUUUAUUCUCCA